ACCUAACCUAACCUAACCUAACCAAAUAGUAGGUUUUUAUAGCGGAAUCUAAGAAAAUGGUCGUCCAAAGGUCGCCCGUUCGCGGGGGCGACCCGCCACCAACCCAAUCCCGCGCAUUUAGGUCCAGCUUAGAGGCCCAGGGCUCCGGAAACAUUACGAUUCCUCCGGAGGAACUGGUUUCGGCGUCCGUGCGUGUGGUUACCCAAACACCGCCCUUGGAGUGUGAGUUAGAUAAGGCAUCUGUAGGAGGGGAUGCGCGACUCUCCCCUACGCCUCCACUCUCCCUUUCGGUAGCACCAUCGCCAUCGAUUUCGCAGGCUACGGUUUCGCCCAAAGGCAAGAAAAAGAAAACCAAAGCCACCAUUCCUUUGUUCAUUGAACUGCCCGCUCAUUCUGAGGACGUCAAGGAUAUUGACUCGUUCGUGGCGGUAGUUAACAGUUUAACUCACGCUAUCUCCCAGGCGGUCAACGAGGGGAAGAGCGUAACCGCAAAUAACAAAAAAGUGGUCACCGCUGCCGCAGCGGAAAUACAGAAGGCUACCGCGGCUCUUGUCAGGUUGAAUUCUGAAGCGCCUCUUCCAAGCUCAGUGGAAAGCGGUGCUGUACCGUUCGAUAAAGAUUCGCUCGUAACCGUGAUCAGACAAAGCAUCCGAGAGGAACUUAAAUCGUUGCCUACUGCUGCGCCCUCGCUACCUCCUCUAACUAAAUCGUUCGCGGCGGCGGUCGCGGCUACUCCACCUAAACGGCAAGCUGCACGCACGCUGCCAUCUAUAAUCAUAAAGGCAGAUGAGACCAGCGACCAUCAGCCGGUCGUGUAUGACGAGUGGCGUAAGCACGUCUCGUUCCGGGACACAACGUUUGCGCCGACCAAAGUCAAGACACUGCGCCAAAAUAUGUUAAAAGUAGAAUUUGAAACCAUCGAGCAGAGGGAUGCCACCCUCACUAAGGCCAAGAAAAUCCCUGGAAUCAUCGCGGAGGAGACGAAGCUGCGGCGCCCCUUGAUUAUUUUGAGGGGCAUCAGUAAGGAAGUGCAGAGGGAGGAACUGACGCAAAUCAUCAGUCAGCAAAACGAGAUCAAUGUUGAGGACCUCCGUCUGUGUUUCCUUCUCAGAAACCGCAACGAACAUCUCUACAACGCUGUUUUGGAGGUGGCCCCAGCGGUGCGUCGAAAACUGGUAGAAGGCGAGCGUGCCAACGUGGAGCACCAAAGGGUGCACGUGGCGGACUUCAGCCGAUUUGUUCAGUGCUACAAGUGCCUUCAGUUUGGCCACACGAACGGAAAAUGCACGGCUGAUUUCUACCCGUGCGCCCACUGUGGCUCUACAGAGCAUCAUGCGGCGUCUUGCCCCGUCAAAAGCAACCCCGAUAAACUGUGUUGUUACAAUUGCACGCAAUCAAAUACCGCUGUUAACGUGAAACAUUCGGCUCUCGACACUAAAUCUUGCCCCAAAAUCAUAAAAGUAAUUAAAUCCCUAGAAGAUAACACUGACUAUGGUUACUAA